UCUUCACUUGGGAUCCUUCAGAUUUGGCCAGAAGCUCCGCAUCUCGCCGGCGACGGCCGUGACCAGGACGGUUCACUCCUCCUCCUCCUCGCAGGCUUCCCCGGUCUCUCUCUGGCGCCUGCAGACUGCGAGCUUGAUCCCGCGGUUUUGUCGUCCCGGACCAAGGCCACGAGCGGGACGGCAUCCUCCUCCUCGCUUCUUCAUAGCUGUAUUGUUGUGUGGGGUGGGGGGAUGAUGCUCGAAUACCUGGUGAUAGUGACCUGAGCGAGAUGACAAAGCUUGGUUCUACUGCAUUGAAGAAUUCAGUGCUCUUCCGGCCUCUCUUUAUCUUCCUUGCCUCUUCAUUCAUCUUCUGGGCCGCCCCUUCAGGAUGGGUCUUCUUAGCAUCAUCAGAAAGAUCAAACGCAAGGAAAAGGAGAUGCGGAUUCUCAUGGUGUAAGACAACGAUUGUGCUGAAGAUCAAUGGUGAGGACACCAGUGUCAUCAGCCCCACCCUUGGCUUCAACAUCAAGACCAUCAAGUACCAAAAGUACACAUUGAACAUAUGGGAUGUUGGGGGACAGAAGACGAUCCGCUCAUACUGGAGGAAUUACUUUGAGCAGACUGAUGGACUGGUUUGGGUAGUUGACAGCUCUGACGUCCGGAGGCUUGAUGACUGUCGUGCCGAGCUCCACAAUCUACUGAAAGAAGAGAGACUAGCCGGAGCUUCGUUGUUGGUGUUUGCAAACAAGCAGGACAUUCAGGGCGCUCUGAAACCUGCAGAAAUCGCCAAGGUCCUGGAUCUGGCAGCCAUGGAGAAGAGCCGGCACUGGCAGAUCGUCGGCUGCAGCGCCUACACCGGCGACGGGCUGCUUCAGGGUUUCGACUGGCUCGUUCAAGACGUCGCCUCGCGCAUCUACGUCCUCGACUGAAGACCUGAAGAGAGCCUCUGGUGGAAUCUCGAUGAUUUGGAGUAUCGAGUUCAGGAUUGUUGCGCUAGACUCGAUGCAAAUGUGACUAGCAAAAAAUAUAUUUUUUUACCGGAAAUAUAUCUGAGUUUUCACUCAGUAACAAUCUUCAGGGGAAUCAUGUUCGGUGACAUGCUAUUACUAGGAUUAAUCAUGAAAAAUCCAAGUUGGAUUCCAUCUCUGUGAUGGCAUCUAGAGGUCAAGUAUUCGAAGAUUAGCACCAUGUGUUAGGAUCUUUGUCAUGAUUAGCACUAAUCACUUUCCCCCAGAUUUGUGGUGAUUAGCGGCAACUUUUGCCCAGAUUUGCGUGCUAAAGCACUGCAACUUUA